AUGGCUUUAAAUGUCUCGUGACUGACCUUUCCUUCUCAUUCUAAGUAUUAUUUUUCAAAUAUCCACUGAUUUCAAACACAGUGGUUUGAGUAUAGGUGAGCAAUUUAGGUCUUGAAUUGAACUCUUGGACAAACCUAAAUUCAUAGUUUAAAUACCCAGACAUACCAUAAGUAUUGAAAAUGAACUAAUUUUUGGCAUGUUACUGUGUGUAAGCAACCUUGUUGAAAAGAGGCCCGUUGCAGGAACCAAUAAAUCAGUACAAGAAAUUCAUGACUAUUGACAAAACAUGCAAUUUGAUUGAGUCCCUCAUCACAUUAAACUGUCAUAUGUGUAAAGUGAUGAAACUCCCAAUUAUCACAACCACUGGCACUUUGCAGAUUUUUUUAUACAUAAUUUAUCGAAAUGUCAUGGCAAGCAUUCACAACUUGCUUUGCUGAUUUCAUUGACUAUGUCCCUACCAUAAAUUUUUCGGCCAUAAGGCCAUAUGAAUUCACCCUGACUUUCUGUGAUAUUCACAAAAAUAAUCUAAAUGAAAUUAAGAUUUCCAGUGGUCAUUGUAAAAUUAGUCAAAUAAAAGAAAAAAGUGAAAUGAUUGAUUAAAAGUUGAAGAAUUUUAUUUCCUUGCAAACAAUUUUUCCAGAAAAGUUAGACAGAUCAUCUUUUAAGGGUAAACAAAACAAGUUAAAUGCUUAAGAAAUACACACAUUGUUUUCGGACUUGUUUUUUGGUGUAAUGCCAAAUGCAUUCUUUUCCCUUCUUGUGUUGAAACCUACUAAACAAAAGUGUCAUUUCGGGUCAUGACGAUAUUGAAUUUGAUGGACACAGCAUACUGUUCUCCUGUUCGCCCAACCUACAUGUACUGACUAUAGUUGUGUUAUGACAACAUGAGGAACAAUACUUUUAUUUUCAGAUGAAUACAUUUUAAGGGCACAUAGCUUUUAUAAGCUUGUAAUGUUGUAAUGUGCAUUACUGUUACUGUUAUCUGUAACAUUUGCAAGACAAUGUUAAACUUUGCAGGACGUUUUUUAAGAUGCUGUUGUGUAUAUUGGCAAAAAAGAUAAUAGUGGUGUGUAACCGAAAAAAUAUUGUUGUCGUAAAUUUGGGUAAUAAAAAAGAACACGUGUAUGUGAUUCUAUUCUUUCUUCCCCAAAAAAUUAAGUAAAAGAAUAACAUGGUGGAGAAUCCAAACUUUUAAUAUAAAUAUGAACAAUUCUGUGCAAGAUCCGAUGUGGGAUUGCCAGGGCGAAGACGAUGUGGAACUCGGUUUGGUGCAACUUUUGUUCAGCGGCCACGACGUCAACGAACACGGUCACGGAUGCAAACCCAGUUUUCAAAGUUUUCGAAACCCGACACCAAUUACUCAGCACAUGAACAUGGACGGAUUUUUCUCCGGCCCGGAAUAUGAUUUUCAGCUGGUUGGCACAACAGGACAGGAUGAGUACACCAUACGAUCUCAGUCAUAUUUCAUGAGUAUUGACUGCUACAUUCCAGUCUACUCAGUCAACUCUCUGAAAAGUUUUAGAGUGAUUCAUUUUGGGUAUGACAAGCUGCUCGACAUGAAGGGGAACAUCGGCCAUAUUCCUAGCAUCCUCGUAAGCGACAUGUCGGAACUCAGCAUGGAGAGGGAGGUGUCUUCAGAUGCCGGCAGGCGUUUAACCGAGAAGUGGAAGACACCGUUCAUGGAGACAUCUGCCAAAGAACAAUUUACUGUAAGCCGCUUGUUUGAGCAGCUCAUCAUGACAAUGGCGAAAGCUGUAAUGUCAGAGAAGAAGGACUUUGUAAUCUUUUAGAUCCCAUUGCCAUGGAGACAGCUAGUUCCCACCGUGUUGACUUGGCCAGGGAUAAACUGUUUGAAUGUGAAUCGUACAAGGCAGUACAGAAAAGUUUUUUGGAGAAUCAUGAUUUUAGUUUUUGUAUGAAAAUAUCACUUGUGCCAUGUUAAAUCAAUGUCAAAAUGUCUGUUCAAUGUUUAUAAAUUUGACCUAUGUUUUGUCUCAAUCAGGGUUACUAACUCUUGUAUUGAUUGUUGCGAUUGUUUUUCUAGUUAUUUCCCUUGGCUAUCUUGCGUUAAAUACCUUUGCUCUCAAAGUGAUGUUAUCUAAUGACUGUUUCAUAGUAUAGUUUUUAGAGCAUCUAAUUAUUGGGUCGCUGGUAAUACUUUAAAAUGUGUAUAUGUGAUGUAUGUGUAUCAAGUUUAAUGUGCCAAUAUGCAAGUAAUUAUCUUCCUACAUAUUGUGUCAUAACGUUUUCGCAUACUCAUGUUGGUCAGGUUUCACAUUUGUACCAGUUCUGUUUAUUCUACUGUUACGUAGUUUAUGGGAGUCAUGCUGUAUCAGAUUUAAGGACAUUGUGAAUAUUAUUAUGUCUCUUAAGAGGCUCAUUUAAGAUAUGUCUUAAGAUUGUCCUAAGUUUAAUGUUUUUGCAAUUGCCGGUCAUAUUAGUUGUAGUUGGAUUUAAAAAAUGUUUAGUCAUGCAGAGUAUUGUUUCAACAUUUUUCCUUUUCUCGGUUGUCAGUAUUAAUUAUAUCAAUAGUUUUUACCAUCUCUCAUGUAUUUGAUGUCUGAGACAUAGUUGAGGUGAUUGCCUGUAUAUUAGUAGUAUGUAUGUCGUCUUUGGAAAGGAUCCAUCCUUUGGCAUUAAUGUGUGUGUGAGUAAUUGAGUUAAAGGGCCAUCAUGUCAAUUGAAUCUUGGUACGUCAAAUAUAUGUUGAUCAUAUUGUGGUAAUAUUGUGGUUGUUGAGACACCCCAGAUCUGCAUUCUCUUCGGAAAUUUGGGGACAAAUUUUAUUUAGGGGGGGAUGUUGUGUAUAUUGGCAAUCUGGGGUUGCGCUCCAAAAAUAAUAGUGGUGUGUAACCGAAAAAAUAUUGUUGAGUCGUAAAUUUAGGUAAUAAAAAAGAACACGUGUAUGUGAAUUAUAUUCUUUCUUCCCCCAAAAAUUAAGUAAAAGAAUAACAAUGCAAAGAUAUCUUGGGUCACAUUAGGUUCACCCAAGGACAGUCACAAUUUCUUUUCUCACGACAUAACACAUGGAUCAUCUAGGUUAUGCAGGAACCAGACAGGUUAUUGCUACCAGCCCAAUUAUUGCUGCCAUACUUUGCAAAAUAUGUAACAAUACAUGUCAUUAAUUUCAUGCGAGUACAAAAAAGAUUGCUUCUGUAAUAAAUGUUCAC